AUGGAUGUCGCCAGGGAGAGAGAAGAUGUCAGUGGCGGUGUAGAAGGGUUGCCGGAGUGUGUCGAUGGUGGUGUAGAUUGGUUCGUCGGAGAUGAUAUUGGUAGUUGCAAGAGGCUGCAUAGUAACGCCGUAACGGUGCCCCUCUUUUGGUGCUCAAACCCUACUACAGAAAUUGAACACAACCGCUACAGUACCUCACACAUAUCGUGCUCGGUCUUCUCCUUCAUCCACUCAACUCCGCACGCAACUUUCAUCCGGAGUGAUUUCUCAUAG